GGACCUGGUCGUUCCUCUGCUUUCCAAUGCGCGGCGUUCUCCGUUAUUCCGUUAUGGACUAAAGCUCUCAUCUCCGCUCCGCCUACACAAACCGGGCAAAGAGAAGCAGUGAGGAUCCUCGCUGAGUCCGAAAAAGAUAAAAACGAACAAAAGGGUCAUUUUUCAUUAACAAACGAUGAUCCACGGCGUCUCGGAUGCAGCCUCGGUGUGAAAGCACAGUCGGAGUGUAAGCUGAUAUCGCAGCUCGGCUAAACCAAGCGAGAAGAUGGCGAACGAUUCUCCAGCUAAAAGUCUGGUGGAUAUAGACCUCGCCUCUCUGCGGGACCCCGCUGGGAUUUUUGAGCUGGUCGAGGUGGUGGGAAAUGGCACAUAUGGACAAGUAUACAAGGGACGGCAUGUCAAAACAGGACAGUUGGCGGCCAUCAAGGUCAUGGACGUCACAGAGGAUGAAGAGGAAGAAAUCAAGUUGGAGAUUAAUAUGCUGAAGAAAUAUUCUCACCAUCGUAACAUUGCCACUUAUUAUGGAGCGUUCAUCAAAAAGAGCCCACCAGGACACGAUGACCAGCUCUGGUUGGUGAUGGAGUUCUGUGGUGCUGGAUCCAUCACAGACCUUGUGAAGAACACUAAGGGAAACUGGCUGAAGGAAGACUGGAUUGCAUACAUCUCCAGGGAAAUCCUCCGGGGCUUGGCUCAUCUACACGCACACCAUGUGAUCCACAGAGAUAUUAAAGGGCAAAAUGUGCUGCUGACUGAAAAUGCAGAAGUCAAAUUGGUUGACUUUGGUGUGAGCGCUCAGCUGGACCGCACUGUGGGCCGCAGGAACACCUUCAUCGGCACGCCCUACUGGAUGGCACCCGAGGUCAUCGCCUGCGACGAAAACCCAGAUGCUACAUAUGACUACCGGAGUGAUUUGUGGUCCUGUGGAAUCACGGCUAUAGAGAUGGCUGAGGGAGCGCCACCACUGUGCGAUAUGCAUCCGAUGCGAGCGCUGUUCCUCAUUCCCCGAAACCCUCCACCCAGGCUCAAGUCCAAGAAAUGGUCCAAGAAGUUCUUUAACUUUAUUGAAAGCUGUUUAGUAAAGAACUACACUCAGAGGCCGACCACAGAGCAGCUGCUCAAACACCCGUUCAUCCGAGACCAGCCGAACGAGAGACAAGUGCGCAUCCAGCUCAAAGACCACAUCGACCGCACCCGCAAGAAGAGGGGAGAGAAAGAUGAGACCGAGUAUGAAUACAGUGGCAGUGAGGAAGAGGAGGAGGAAGCUCCAGAGCAGGAGGGAGAACCAAGCUCCAUUGUGAAUGUGCCGGGUGAGUCGACACUGCGGCGGGACUUUAUACGUCUGCAGCAGGAAAAUAAGGAGCGCUCGGAGGCACUGAGGAGGCAGCAGCUCCUGCAGGAACAGCAGCUUCGUGAGCAGGAGGAGUAUAAACGCCAACUACUGGCCGAACGACAGAAACGUAUCGAGCAGCAGAAGGAGCAGCGGAGGAGGCUGGAGGAGCAACAGCGGCGUGAGCGAGAGAUGAGGAGACAGCAGGAGAGAGAGCAGCGGAGGCGCGAGCAGGAAGAGAAGAGACGUCUGGAGGAGAUCGAACGCAGACGCAAGGAAGAGGAGGAGCGCAGGAGAGCUGAGGAGGAGAAACGGAGAGCAGACCGUGAACAGGAGUACAUCAGGCGACAGCUGGAGGAGGAGCAGAGACAUCUGGAAAUUCUACAGCAGCAGCUUCUGCAUGAACAGGCCAUGCUACUGGUGGACGAGCGGCACCGCAGGAAUGCACAGGGUUCACCACAGGCUGCAGGGGUUCCGAAGCAGCCCCCCGCCGUCCCGCCACGUGCUGAAACUUUUUCCAAUGGCAGUGCCUCUGAGUCAGCCCAGACUGCAAUGCUCCGCCCCAUGGAACCUCAGGUGCAGUGGUCACAGGUAGCCGCUUUAAAGAGCAGCUCGGCUGCUCCUCCCUCCGUCUCCCACUUGCACUCGUUCAGUGAGUCCACUCCGUCACUCAGUCAUGUUCGUGCCCAGCAGCACCUGCCAUUUCCUGAACCACCGGCCCACUUGCAUGAGGAGCCUCCCCGGGUUCCAGUAAGAACAACCUCCAGGUCACCAGUAAUUUCUCGGCGUGACUCCCCUCACCAGGGUGGCACACCACAGAGCAACGUGGCAGCUCAGAAGAACGUUGGGAGUAACGCUGAUCCGCGAUUGCUCUGGGAACGAGUAGAGAGGAUUGUCCCCAGACCCAGCAGCAGCAGCAGCUCAUCUGGAUCUAGCUCCACAUCCAGCAACUCAAACACUGGGUCAGGAGAGAGAUUCAGACCACGCACUUCUUCUAAGCCUGAGGGCUCUCAGCAGUGGCCAGAGCACAUGCUCAAAAAAGCAGAGGAGAAGAAGGAUGUAGCUCGUCCUGGGCGUCCGGUGGCUGAAGUGGAUUUGACAGCACUGGCCAAAGAACUACGUGCCGUGGAGGACGUGAGACCACCACACAAGGUCACCGAUUACUCUUCCUCUAGCGAUGACUCGGGAACCACCGACGACGAGGAUGAUGAAGAGGUGGAUCAGGAAGGAGGAGAGGAGUCCACCUCAGGCCCGGAGGACUCGCGUGGAGGCUCAUCCAGAUUGAGCAACGGUGAAACGGAGUCUGUGAAGACGAUGGUUGUUCAUGAUGAUGGCAACGAUGCCUCCUCCACUCCAUGCAAAGACAGCACUCUAGUUAUGCGACAGAGUGCAGGUGAUGUAAAAAAGUGCCCAGUGCCCACAGCCGUGUCAAGUUUUAGUGACCGGAAUGAUCGGAAUGGCUUUACGGGCAGAAUUCACCUCUUGCCUGACCUGCUCCAACAGAGUCAGCCCUCGCCCCCUUCUUCCUGCCCUUCAACCCCCUCCUCCACAUCCUCAUGUCACAGCAGUCCUGCCCUGUCCCCUCUUGCUACCCCGGACCGAUUGCCCUGCCCAAUGGAGUCCCAAUCCACCACAAUGCAGAAGCACAAGUCCUCCUCCUCCUUCACUCCUUUCAUAGACCCACGUCUGCUCCAGAUCUCUCCGUCCACAGGCAGUGCUCUCAACAACGUGGGUUAUGGGAAUGACGCGAGACUGCAAGAGGCACUGAGGCAGGAUGCAUCACGCAAGGGCUCCGUGGUGAACGUAAACCCAGUCAACACUCGACCACAGAGUGACACGCCGGAGAUCCGGAAGUACAAAAAACGGUUCAACUCCGAAAUUCUGUGUGCUGCUCUGUGGGGUGUAAAUCUGCUGGUCGGGACAGAAAGUGGUCUGAUGCUGCUUGAUCGUAGCGGUCAGGGGAAGGUCUAUCCGCUCAUCAACCGCAGGCGCUUUCAGCAAAUGGACGUCCUGGAAGGUUUAAAUGUGCUGGUGACCAUAUCAGGGAAAAAGAAUAAAUUGCGGGUGUACUACUUGUCCUGGCUGAGGAACAAGAUUCUCCACAAUGACCCAGAGGUGGAGAAAAAACAGGGAUGGACCACUGUAGGAGAUCUGGAGGGGUGUGUCCACUACAAAGUUGUGAAAUAUGAGAGGAUCAAGUUUCUGGUCCUUGCACUGAAGAACUCUGUGGAGGUGUAUGCCUGGGCCCCAAAGCCCUACCACAAGUUCAUGGCUUUCAAGUCAUUUGGUGAUCUGGUGCACAAACCCCUCCUCGUGGACCUGACUGUAGAGGAAGGACAGAGGUUAAAGGUCAUCUACGGGUCCUUUUCAGGGUUCCAUGCUGUGGACGUUGACUCGGGAGCUGUGUAUGACAUUUACCUGCCCACUCACAUCCAGACCAGUAUUCAGUCACAUGCCAUAAUCAUUCUGCCAAACACGGACGGCAUCGAGCUGCUCGUGUGUUACGAGGACGAGGGUGUGUACGUCAACACCUACGGCCGCAUUACAAAGGAUGUAGUGCUACAGUGGGGAGAGAUGCCCACCUCCGUGGCAUACAUUCGCUCAAACCAGAUCAUGGGUUGGGGAGAAAAGGCCAUCGAGAUUCGCUCUGUAGAGACUGGCCACCUAGAUGGAGUUUUCAUGCAUAAGAGAGCUCAGAGGCUUAAGUUCCUUUGUGAACGCAAUGACAAGGUUUUCUUUGCGUCAGUGCGUUCUGGAGGUUCCAGCCAGGUCUACUUCAUGACACUCGGGCGCACAUCCUUACUCAGCUGGUAAACUCUCCCACUCAGCCCGGAAUGACCAAUCCUUUUUUUUGCGUGACGACAGCGUUGGGAAACCCUUCAGCCAUCACACAUCUAAGCAAGCAGAGAUCCUCAGUGUGAUCAGCAGAAACCACAUUAAUUUCAGCGACCCACCUGCUGUCGUAAACCAAACUGAGAGCUGUAUAGAUAUUUUCAGUUUAGAUGAAGAAAACCCACACACGUGUGUGCAAGAGAGAAAGUCCUGGCAGGAGCUCUUGAUCUUACAGUAUUAUUGCUAGCCUGUGUAAAUGUUUUCUUUCUGUAGAAGUCCCUGAUUGACCAAGUGGUAGAAUGAAGGCGGACGCCAUUUAACUGCUAGGGAAUACGAAAGAGUUUCAGGAUAAAAGGUAAACGAGAGUGAGAGUGAGAGAGAGAGUGAGAGAGAGAGAGAGAGAGAGAGUGUGUGUGUUCGUGUGUUCGUGUUCAGUAGGUCUCGGAAAAGUGAAGCGUAUUCACAUUAUGGACAGGUAUGUAUGUGUGACGCGUCUAGGAAAGAGAUGGACCAUGAAAGAAUAUUUUAAUGCUAUUAUUAUUAUUAAUUAUUAGUAGUAGUGCCAUUAUUAUAAUUAUUAUUCACUAAUAAUUAUGUGGAUUCUCGUAAUCUUCUACCUGUGAUUUUUAAAGCUCGCACGUUCUAACCGUUUCCAGCAAGAUAUAUUUUUCAUGUCAGCCACCCUAAUAUUUCCAAAUGGCAGAAAGCAACAAGCAGGGAGAUUGUGUCUUAAUUAGACUGGCCCCGCCCCUUUUCUCUCACUUGGCAGGUGAGCGUUGGAUCUCUGGCUCUCUUAUGCCUCUAUUUACGAGAGAUUGUAUAGACCGUAUCUGAAAUGAUGCACCUGCUGUGAAUGCGAUAUGAAAAUAAAGGGAAGUAGAGACUUGUCA